UAAUUGGGCUUUAAAAUUCGGUGUGGAUCUAUGGGAAUUUGGACGACAAUUUACAAAAAUGAAUGAAAUCAAAAGCCGUUUCAAAGACAACGAUAUCGAGGUAAAACGAAAGGAUGGCAUCAUACUCUUGCGUGAACUGGCAGCAGAGGUGAAAAACUUUAUGGACUUUAAACGCAAUGCAGUGAUGCGCAUUAUGGACUCAGCGGAACAGGCCGCCUUAUCGGAACUGGAUGCGCAAAGCUCACAUUCGGCUACGGCGAAUAAUCAACAUUACGAUGCACGACGCAUUAACGAAUACAAUGCCGAUGGUAAAUUGGCCGAUGGAGCUAGACAUAUGGAUAUUCGUUUUAUGCGACGUUUUGAGCGACUACCCGUUAAUCUCAGUCUAAGUUCGAUUCUGGUGCCUAAUGGUGUCUCAUUGGAUGAGGGAGACGUUAAGGCAGCACUACAGUGGAGUUCACAUUUGGAUCCACUGUUCCAGAACAACUUGGAGCGAGAUCCGGCUUUGUCGUGGCAGUAUUUUGGCUCAACGUCUGGUUUUCUGCGUCGUUUUCCCGGUACCGCCUGGCCACCGGAGGGUUCGAAGGGUAGCAAGCAGAUACAUGAUUUUCGUACGCAGAAUUGGUUUGUCCAGGCCGCCUCAUCGCCUAAGGAUAUAAUGAUUUUAUUGGAUUCUUCUUCGAGCAUGUCGGAGAAAUCUUUUGAUUUGGCCAUGGAUACUGCUUUUAAUAUUUUAGAUACUUUGGGUGAAAAUGACUUCGUUAAUUUGAUAACGUUUGCUGAUGUUAUUAAGACACCGGUCCCCUGCUUUAAAGAUCGCAUGGUACGAGCUACUCCCGAUAAUGUUCAGGAAAUCAAAUCGGCCGUUAAGGCUAUUAAGCUUCAAGAUACUGCGAAUUUUACCGCAGGCUUGGAAUAUGCAUUUAGCUUAUUGCACAAGUACAACCAAUCCGGCGAGGGCAGUCAAUGUAACCAGGCAAUAAUGCUAUUAACCGAAAGUUCCUCAGAAUCUCAUAAAGAGAUCAUUAAACAAUACAAUUGGCCCCAUAUGCCGGUACGCAUUUUCACCUAUUUAAUUGGUUCAGAUUCGGGAAGUCGCAGUAAUCUACACGAAAUGGCCUGUUCCAAUAAAGGUUUCUUUGUACAAAUCAACGAUCUAGAUGAUGCCAGACGUAAAGUUAUGGACUAUGCUUUAGUUAUGGCUCGUCCCAUGAUUAUGUAUCAAGCUGAUCACCCGGUACAUUGGAGUCCGGUCUUUAUGGCCGGUAAAUCGGGUGGUCUGGCACGUGAUUCCGAAUAUCAACGACGUUUGGUGACGACAGUUUCAACUCCGGUCUUCGAUAGACGCAACCAUUCGGUACGUGUAGCAAAUUUAUUGGGUGUUGUGGGCACAGAUGUCCCCGUAGAGGAGAUACGUAAAAUGAUACCGCAACAUAAAUUAGGACCGAAUGGAUAUUCGUUUAUCGUUGAUAAUAAUGGUCGUGUACUCUAUCAUCCUGAUUUGCGUCCGUUGAGUGAUGGUAAUCAGUAUAUAGAUCAGUUGAGACCACGCUAUACAUCGGUCGAUAUAACGGAGUUGGAGCUGCCGGAAACUGAAAUUGGUAAUGAUCAUGAGAUUGUGGAAAUGAAUAAGAAUCUAUUGUAUGAUAUGCGUAGUGAUAUGAUUAUGCCCAAAGAGGGUGAAACUGAAUUCACUAUUUUAAAUCAUUACGAUGAUAUGAAACGUGUUAGCGCAAGAACUCAAAGAUAUUUCUAUGGUCCCAUUGAGGAUACACCAUUUACGCUAGCUGUUGUAUUACCAGAAAAAUAUGGCAGCCAUGAAUUGGUCUCUCAACAGGAAAUUAGACAUUCACGUAAAAAUGUUACCGAAUAUUUUAAGGGAGACAAUUGGCGUGUCCAUCCCGAUUGGGUGUAUUGUGAGUACAACAGUGUUAGCGAUUUGGAGAAAGAACGAGAAAGUUCUGGUGAAUAUUCGGGUUCUAGAGAUCAAGAGCCUAGCUUUGGUUCGCCCGAGGAGCAGGUGUUGCACUUUUUGGCUAGAGCUGGUAGACCCGGUUGGAAAUGGAUGUCGGUGCGACCCAAAUCACCCCAACCUCAUCAUAGUCUACAUGGUGCAACACCUGUGGGUCAUUUUGCCCAACACAUGAAUGUUCAAGGUUCUCGCAAGGCAGAGCCCUAUUAUUGCGAUCGAACCUUGUUGCAAAGUUUAGUGCGUGAUGCCAUGGUUACCGAUGGCUUAGAUCGUAAUUCUACCGCUUCCCCCAAUGGCAAAGAAGAUAAAAAUCCAAUCGCCACUUUAAUGGCAAUUUUGAAAAGGCAAGGCUAUCAAAAAUUUGUGGUGACCACAUCAUUUGUGGCCACACGAUCGGGACUCUUAAGAUGGAUUGAUCACAUCAAGGCGGCUGAAGAUUCACCAGAACCACAUUUUAGUGAAGAUAAUGCCCGGGCCAUGGAUAUGUCCUGGUAUAAGAGAGCUAUUGAUCAGCAUACCGUCGAACAGGAUAGUUUUGUGUAUAGUGUACCCUUUGGUUCGGGUUAUAAUACUAAAACUAAUUCAACUUUAGUGACUGCCUCACAUGCCAUAUUUGUGGAACAUCGAGGCCACAAAGCACCCGCCGCUGUAGUGGGUUUACAAUUUCAACACGACUCUUUGGCUAAACAUUUUAUAAGUAUAACAUCGGCUUGCACUGGCAUGACUGGCUGCAAGCGUACUUGUGCUUCCGAUAACUUAGACUGUUAUGUUUUAGACAAUAGUGGCUUUGUUAUUAUAUCCGAGGAACCCGAACACACGGGUAAAUUCUUUGGACAAAUUGAUGGCACCAUUAUGGAUUCACUGGUGCAGGAUCGCAUUUAUAAACGUGUCACAGUCAAUGAUUAUCAAGGUGUAUGUUCCAAUGCUGAUAAUCCCUAUACGGCCGAUGGUGUUAUGAUACGACCUCACCGAGCCGCUUCCUGGCUAUUUAAGUAUAUUUUAUCGUUAAGUGCCACUUGGCUAUCAAUGCUGCCAACACCGAUUAAGGCCUGGCCACAGGAUGAUUACAGCUAUAACGAAGAAGGCUUUGAAGAACCCACCUAUCCAGAUGAUUAUGAACCAUUCGAGGAUGACUAUAGUUCACCUAUUGAUGAGGAAAUGGAUGAAAUGUUUACCACCGCCGAUGUGGAAUAUACCACACCCGCUCCUAAACAACAUAAGCCACAUGUAGGACCUCGCUCUAAUCCCGAUCCUAAUAAUGCCCGCCGUUGUGAUUUACGCACCGAUUUAUAUAUGCUGCAACCGGAAAGAUUAAAUCAAGGUGGUCAAAAUAAUCCUUUAAAGGGUAAACUAACUAAUUGUCAUGUGUCGGGAUGUGAGCGACCAUUUAGUGUGCAAAAAAUACCACACAGUAAUUUAAUACUGUUAGUAGUGGAUACUUUAUGUCCUUGUGGUUCCAAACAAUUGGAUAUUGAACCUAUGGAGGAGUCGGGUAUAGUGGGAGCCUGCAGUACCCGACGUCAAUCGCAAGAAACCCAAAAACGUCGAAGACCCCGCAAAUGUAUAAAUUAUCAUCCGGAAGAAAUUGAAAUACAACAGUGUGGUAAAGGUACAAAUCUUCUACAAAAUCCAGCAUCAAUUUUAAUCUCCCACGUAGUCAUGAUCCUAGUGACACUAUUGCUAACAAAUGCGUGAUACUAAAUGAAUUAAAUUCAGAUUUAGCAGACACCCAUAUACAUACAUACGCAGACACCAAAAUAUAUAUGACGCCAUUUUGUUUUUUAAGUCAUCAUUUACAGCCAACAUAAUUACAUGACUACACUGAGCAGAAAAACAUUCAUAAAAUACACUUAGAAAAAAAAAACAUGAAAAAACAAAAAUUAGAUUUAUUUUUUCAUAAUUUUUUUUAACAAAAGAAAAGAUAAAUUAGUUUUUUUGAAAUAAUUAUAAUUAUAACAAACUAUACCAAAAAAUCAUAUUUUUUCUGUAAGUGUAAACCAAACAAAAGAAAAUUUAAAAGGGACGUGUCAUGUUUUUUGCAUUAAAGAACAAAAAUAUAUAUAUUUUUUAUUAUUCAUUCACAAUGAAUUGAAAUUAAGCAGAAUUUGCAAAUCCAAAACCUUAAAAAAAUUAAAAAAAAAAAUAAAUAAAACAAUGACAAGAGAAUUUAUUUAGUAAAACGACCGCAACAACAGCAACCUAGAUUUUUGUUAGAAAUUUAAAAAUUUAAUUACAAACAAAAUAUAAACAAUGAAACAUAAAUUAAAAUUAAUUAAGUAAAUUAUGUAAUUGUACCUACAAACUUACAAAUUGAAAAAAAGAAAAAUAAGAAAAAUUCGAAAAAAAAGAAUUGAUAAAUAUUAGUUUAAUGCUAAAUAAUUUAGAAAUUAGUUUAAAAUCAAAAAAUAUAAAACUAAGUUAGAUAUUUAUUUUCCAAAAAGAAACUUAACCCAUUUCAGAACUUAUCGGACUUUUAUUCGAAACGGAUUUUACUAAAGAAUAGUGGAACUGAUUUUCUGAAUAUUUCAUUCACAUUUCCUCUUUUCACACUAGACAUAAACUGAUUCUUAAUUUAAUUUAAACUUUAACAAAAUUUGAUGCUUCUUCAUUACAAUAACUUAAAAUGUAUUAUAACGAGGUUUCUAUAAGGAAUAGAGAACUUAUAACCAGGACCUCAUCUCAUGGCAUUAAUCCGAGAGCUGUUUUCAAACCUUUUCUGUUUACAAGCUUUACUUUAACUCCCUGACCUAUAUAGCGUUCCACAGUCUUAAAUAUCAUCUAUUAAACCGACUAUAAACUGGCUAAAACUUUAACUGGGCUAUGGCUUAAAAACUAUAUGGGUCUUAAAUAUUGUGCAUCUCUGAACAAGAUGGUUCAGCUCUUAAACUCUGCUGCCAGAAAGAAAUAUAGCAGAACUAUUGGCAAAAACAGGAGCUUCACUACCCAACUAUCAUUUGGAGGAUUGUUAGGUGAUUAAUGUCCAACACUAAGGACUCGUCGGGAAAGAAUCUUAGGUGCUGCAACACUAGCCCCGAAGGAUAUAUGUACAUAUGUAUUCAAACUCUCACCAAUCAAACCUGUUAUUUUCAUACGUUAAUUAAACCUGUUAAGGUGAAUCCAUGGGCUGCACAAAAGAUCCAAAACAGGGUCUCAGUGCUUAGGGCUCUCUCUUUCUCAUCUAAAUCUAGUUGAUUAAUCAGUAAACUGAGACUUUUUUGACACCUUUUAAUGACCUAAAACUAAGUAUUGAGUUGAAGAUUCAAAAAUGAUGCCGAUAUAUGAAUUGAUUAUUUGAAAGAAACAGUAACAAAAUAUACAGCAAUCAUAAAUUGAUCAUCCAGAUGUUGAAAAUAUGAUUGUUUAUAUAUUUAUUAUAUAUUAUGUAUAUUUCGCUCAGUCAGGAAGAUCAAAAACGAUUUUCUGUAUUAUUGCAUUUAGAAUCAUAUAAAUAUGAUUCUAAAAAGACUCUUAAUUCGAUACAAAAACUACUCAAAAAAGAUACAUAAAUGAGACGAAACUGAUCAAAAGAAGUGCACAUAAUCAUUUUAAUCGUGCAGAAGAGUCAUAAUUGACUCGAAUGUGAUAAAUAAAUUUCAAAACAUGCUAUAUGAAAAGACUAUAAAAUGAAUUAGAAAAGACUCAAAAAUUACUAAAAUAUGAUUCGAAAAAGAUUCUAAAUUCGACUCAAAAAUUACUCAUAAAAGAUACGUAAAUGAAUCGGAACAGAUAAAAAGAAGUUCUCAUAAAAGACUCUUUUAGAAGAGUCGCGACUAAGGUACCAUAUGCUCCCCAUGAAAGUAUCAUUUAUGAUCCGAAAAUGAACGCAUAUAUAUUCAUUUUAAUCCCGCAAAAGAGUCAUAAAUGACUCGAAUAUGAUUAAAAUUUUCAAAAAAUACUCGCUGGGCUAAUAACAGUGGAGGGCAAUGUGGUUGUCGCGAUACCGAUUUUCUGAGAUAAAAGUCAAUUUCAUAAUAGACCCUAUAAAUUGUCAUCGAUGAGACAUUCCUCUAGUAUAAUGACAAUAAGCUUAGAUGCAGAACCUAUAGGUGGUUACUAACUAUUUUGGGCUUCAAAUUAGAAGAUUUAAUGUCUCAUAUCACGAAAUCUGUUAAAGUUGUAAAAGCCAACCUUUUACCCGGUACUAACUAUAAAUUUGAGACACUAGACAAUUACUUUUUACACGACUGUCAGAUCUAUACGAAAUGAUCAUGAGAAGAAUCAAUGCUUUCGUUUUUGGAACUGAUUGAUUUGCUACGCUUUAUAUUUGGUCGAACUUUAAUAAAUUCGCUGAUACAUCUUUCUAAAUAUCAUAAAGGAAAUGGUUUAAUCUCACUUGGGUCCAGUUACAGUAUCGCUCCAAUUUGUCCCUUAUCCUAUUUGUCAACAUUAAGUUCAAGAAUCCGGUGAAUACGUGGAUGUUUUUAGACAGACAGGUAUUGUCCGUUAGUAUUCAAGGACCAAACUUUUUCCGUCUUAAUUCAUGAAAUACGGGGCAUUAGCAGCUACUUGUCUAAAGAAUCGACUUUAUUUUUUUCUUUUGGACCCACACUCAGGGCCUACUUCUGUAGUGCAUUGUGAUGAAAACGUUUGAUUGAAAUCUACUUAUAUAGCAAAUGUCAUCAAAAAGAAGAACAGGUUUUCCCUGUAAUGGCUUGGUGCUAUCUAUAAAUAAAUCGACCACAAAUAGGUGUGUUUGUCAAGAGAUAGGAAAGUUGCUCCUUCCGAGUAUCGGGAACAAGAUCUCUAAUUUUAGAGGAAGAUACCCCACAUUGCGACGGUGCAUUGUGAUGGAAACGUUUGUAUGAAAUCUGCUAGAAGAUUAUUAUUGAAGAGAUCGGUUAAAGAACAGGUUUUCCCUGUAAUACGUUGUGCUAUCUACUGAUCAAUCAACCACGAAUAGUUGUGUUUAUCGAGAAAGGCGAGAGUUGCCUAUAACUCAGCGAGUAUCGGGAACAAGAUCUCUAAUUUUAGAGAGAGACAUCCCACAUUGCUACGGUGCUCCAGAGAAUCAUUACAGUUCGAUGGUCGAGUAUUCCCCAAAUAGACUUUAAAGUAACGGUUCUGAAAUGGGAUUCCAUUCUAGGGGGACCGGGAAAAGUGUUCCCCUAUGUUCGAUGAUAAAGUCAUCAUUAGUAUUAGUUGAAAUCUGUUCUCAUGAUUGUCCGGAAACUUUUUUGAAAUGUAAGAGGCAUGAUACGCAAUUCAGUUGUUCAGUCAACUCUACUUAUGGCCUAGAUCAAUAGGAAGUAUAACAAUUUCUAAACCUUAAGCAACUCUCAUUUAUGGACUGCUUUAAAGCAUUAGUCCAUAAUUGAAAGUUGUAUUCAAUUACCGAUCAAUUAAUGAGUCAACUUGUAGUGAAUAGCCUAAUCAAUGGAGCGAAAAAAAGUUCAGAUAAAAUGACAGAUUCAAUUGGACAUAAGUAUGAAAAAUACAAUAAUAACGGUAUAAUACUAUAACUGAUCGGAUAAAGGUAGAUUUUGGACAUUGGUAUUCAUAUUGAUAUAUAGUUCUCUAAAUUUUACUUUAUUUCAGAAGUGUUAUAUGAUACUUCAAAUAGUUAUUUUUCAAAACUUUCACUAUUUUCUUGCUAUUUCUUUCGUUCUACAAUGGGUUAAGUAAAGCCUAUAAAAACUAUGAUUUUUUUCAUUAUGUAGACAAUAAUUUCUAGGAAAUCUCAUUUAGUUUGUUAAAACUAAGUUUUUCUUUUUUAUAAAAAUUAUUUAAAUAAUGAUAAAUAAUUAAGUAAAAAAUAAAACAAAACAAAAAUAUAUUGUUGGUAUAAAAGAAAAUGUUAUGUUUCAACUAAAAACUAAAAUUAACUUAAAUAAACAGUAAAAAUUAAACUAAAAUCCCAAAAAAAUAAAAAAAAAAUAAUAAUAAAUAAAAUAUUAUUAGUCUUAAUGUCUUAAGAGUAGUUAAAAGGAUUUAUGAAAAAGUUAUUAUUGGUAAUUAAACAAAAAACUAAUUAAGAGCAAAAAACAAAACACACAAGAAAGUUAAAUUUAAUUAAAGGAUAUAAAAACAUUUAAUAGAAUUAACUAAAAACUAAAUAAUCCAAUAAUAAAAAUAAAAUAAAAUAAUUUUUGUGUAAAUAGUGUUGAUCUUUUGAAAAAAAACCAAAAAUAUACAGAAAAUACAGAAAUUCCUACCGAUUAUUUCAUUGAUAAAAACAAAACUUAACAUAAAAAUUAAAUUUUAAUUUUUAAUUUAUUAAACAAUAUAGAAAACUUUCAUAUCAACUCAGACACACCAUUCAUACAUACACACCUAAAAGUAGUCAAAUGUAUAUCAAAAAAAGUAAAGCAUUUAAUUUUAAUUAAAUUUUUAAUUUAAAAUUAGUAACAAAAGAACAAAAAUUUAAAAAAAAAAACCAAACAGUUUUGUAUUAAUUUUGCACUGAAUUUAUAA